GCGGUUGCAUGAGAGAGAGAGAGAGAGAGAGAGAGAGGAAACACGCGCACUCAUACAGACACAGAGAUGGGGAGAGGGGGAGGUGGAAGCGGGGGGGGGGGUUGCAGGAGAUGGUCGGCGAUGGUGACGGUUGUUGGAUUGAUGAUGCUUUCAUCGGGAUGGCUUGUCGCGGAGGCUGCGCGGCCGAGGAGUCUGGUAAUGGGAGAGGAGAAGGAGAGUGUGGGUGUGUCGGUGGGAAAGGAGAAAGAGGAGGAGAUGUUGGGGGAGGAGCAGCGGCCUGUGCUCGACGAAGACAUCGUCGCUGCUGUUAAUCAACAUGAGGGAGCCGGUUGGAAAGCCGGAUUCAAUGAGCGGCUGGAAGGCAUGUCUGUGAGAGAUUUCCGCACCCUGUGCGGAGCGCGCAAAUCGAAGGGGACGGCCUCGCUGUUGCGCUCCCCUUCCGCCGCCUCCGCCGCCGCCGCCGCCGCCGCGGGGUCGGAGCUGCCCGCGCAGUUCGACUCCCGACAGCGAUGGCCCCAGUGCUCCAGCAUCUCUGACAUCUUGGACCAAGGGCAUUGCGGCUCUUGCUGGGCCUUCGGCGCGGUGGAGGCGCUGAGCGAUCGCAUGUGUAUUGCCUUCAACGACACACAAGAACUUUCCGAGAACGAUCUGUUGGCAUGUUGUGGAUUUUUCUGCGGCGAUGGCUGUGAAGGCGGCUACCCGCUGCAGGCCUGGACCUACUUCAUGACAGACGGCGUCGUCUCGACCAGUUGCGAUCCCUACUUCGAUCGGAAGGGCUGUCAUCAUCCCGGCUGUGAGCCGCUGUUCCCGACCCCGACCUGUGAGCGGCACUGCUCCCAGCAGGACCAAUCAUGGGACUCUUCAAAGAGAUACGUGAGCGACGUGUACACCGUUGGCCCCGCCGUCGAGGAGAUCAUGUAUGAGGUCUACACCAACGGCCCGGUGGAGGUGAGCUUUUCGGUCUUCCAAGAUUUUGCCCACUACAAGUCUGGCGUUUAUUGGCAUGUCACUGGGGACUAUUUAGGAGGGCACGCCGUGAAGUUGAUUGGAUGGGGAACGGAAGGAGGGGUAGAUUAUUGGUUGUGUGUUAAUUCGUGGAACCGGUCGUGGGGAGAUGAUGGAUACUUCAAAAUUCGCAGAGGGACAGAUGAGUGUGGAAUUGAAGAGGAAGUUGUGGCUGGGACUCCUUCUCUUGUCAAGGUCGAAAAUCCGCUGCCCUAUCGUGCUGCUGCUGCAACCGCCGCCGCCGCCGCUGCUGCUUAGAUAUCAGCGACGACGAGCGCAAGGAAAAGGGGAAAAAAGGGAAAAAAAAAAAAAAAAAGAUAUCAGCGACGACGAGCGCAAGAAAAAGGAAAAAAAAGGGAAAAAAAAAAAAAAAAAGGAAAAGAAAUGAAACGAAAAGAGUGCCGCUGCUUAAGAGGGAUUAGAGGGAGGGAGCGAAGAGUUGUGUGGUCGUUUAAAAGAGAGCGAAGAAGUGAGUCGACAAGAUUUUUUUUUUUUAUUGUUAAUUUUAUGUCUUUGCGUCUCUAUAGUGUGGAAUCGAAAAAUGUCGCCCAGCUCUUUUCUUCGUUUAGAUAUGUCGCACAGUGCUUGUAUAAUGUCGCUCUCCUGUCGCAAGGAGCCUUGCAUAGUGUCGUUCAAUCUCGUCAAGGUCGAAGAUUGAACCAUUCUAUCCUGCCGUCGCACAGAGCUUUUAUGCCGUCGCACAGAGCUUGUGUGCCGUCGCACAGUGCUUGUAUGCCGUCGCACAGUGCUUGUAUGCCGUCGCACAGUGCUUGUAUGCCGUCGCACAGAGCUUUUAUGCCGUCCUCAAGGUCGAAGAUUGAAUCAUUCUAUCCUGCCGUCGCACAGAGCUUGUAUGCCGUCGCACAGAGCUUGUAUGCCGUC